CUCAAGCCAUGUCUGGCCAUUUCCUGGGGAGUGGGACUUCAGGACUGUAGAGGUUGUUUUGGAAUGCAAAAACUGUAGAAAAUUAAUGCCCCCUGUUCCUCCUUCCUCCCCUCAGCUUUUGUAUCUGAGCUGACAUCAUAUGCCAUGGGAUAUGGCUUUGGUCAGUUUGGGUCAGCUGGCCUGGUUGUGUCCCCUCCCAGGAUCUUGCCCACCCCCAGCCCCCUUGAUGGAGGGAGGAAUGUUGAGACACAGCGCUGAUGCUGUGCCAGUGCUGCUCAGCAAAAGCCAAAGCUGAGCAGCAGCUGGUGUAUUAUCAGCACCUUUCCAAUUAUCAGUGCAAAGUGCAGUAAGGUCAGGGCUGCUGUGGGGGAAAUGAACUCCAGCUCAGCCAGAAACAUUGCACAGAUGUAGCAGAAAUGGUGCAUGGAAGCUUUUGUCACCUUUUUUUUUUUUUUUCCCUGACUCGAGAAACAAGCUAGUCCUCUGACAUGUGUCACUUGAACUCACGUCUGCCUUGGGACUGGCCCUGGAGCUUUAGGGAAACGUCACCAGCUGCCCCGUGCCGCCUGCAGGAAGCAGUAAGGGAGGUGGGGAGCGGGCGCCACGCUGUCUGCUUCCAGAGGUGCCCCAGCGACGCCUCGGCUAGGGCAUGUUGCAGGAUGCUCCUUAAAGAGAUCAGAUAUGGCAUGGCAGAGUUUGGGAGAAAGACGCAGUGUGGUGGUCUCUCUGAAUAACCCCAGAACGGCAGGGGAAGAAUUCUACGGGGCAGCUUUAUCCCUUCGGGAAAUGGCUCUGGAAUAGAGGCUCGGCAGCGGCGGCCGUGGCGGGGGGCGUGACCAUGCCCUUCGAUGGGCGGGGCCUUUCCCGGCUGUGGGCGGGGCUCUCCGCCCUUCCCCGCUAGCGCACUCACGGCCGCGCGGGGGCGCCGUACGCCGCUCUCGUCCCAUUCCAUUCCUGAGCCGCCGUGCCGAGCGCGGAGCCGGCGUGGCCGCCAUGGAGGUCAGCGCGGACUCCGAUCAGCUGGAGCGUGUGUUCUUACGUCUUGGCCAUGCAGAAACAGAUGAGCAGUUACAGAACAUUAUUUCCAAAUUCCUACCCCCUGUUCUUCUCAAGCUGUCCAGCACACAGGAAGGAGUUCGCAAAAAGGUCAUGGAGUUGCUGGUUCAUCUGAAUAAGCGCAUCAAAAGUCGACCAAAAAUUCAGCUUCCAGUAGAGACAUUGCUAGUUCAGUAUCAAGAUCCUUCUGCAGUGUCAUUUGUCACUAAUUUUACCAUAAUUUAUGUUAAGAUGGGAUACCCCCGUCUGCCUGUGGAAAAACAAUGUGAAUUGGCUCCAACCCUUCUCACUGCAAUGGAAGGGAAACCUCAACCACAACAAGACAGCCUAAUGCAUCUUCUAAUACCAACCCUUUUUCACAUGAAAUACCCUGCUGAACCACUGAAAGCAGCAGCUUCUCUGUUUAAUCUUGCUGAAAAACCAAAGACUGUACAGCUGCUUUUGGACUUCAUGUUGGAUGUUCUUCUUAUGCCUUAUGGGUUUGUAUUGAAUGAAUCUCAGAGUCGACAAAACGUGCCCUUGGCUCAGGGGUCUUCAUCAAGUAGCAUGGGAGGUCCUGGAAUCCCUCAGCCACCUCCAGGGAUGAGCUUUUAUGCAGCCAAAAGGGUAAUUGGAGAUAGUCCAUGGACACCAGAGCUGCUAGAACAGUGUAAGCUGGGGAUAGUGAAGUUCAUUGAGGCUGAGCAAGUGCCCGAACUUGAAACUGUUAUACACCUGGUUGUAGCCUCCAGUGAUACAAGACACAGUGUUGCCACUGCAGCAGACCUUGAACUUAAGAGCAAGCAAAGUUUAAUUGACUGGAACAAUCCUGCUAUCAUCAACAAAAUGUAUAAAGUGUAUCUUGGGGAUAUACCACUGAAAACCAAGGAGGGAUCUGUUCUGAAACCAGAAAUGAAACGAGAGUCAGUCAGCACCCGUGUUAAAUUAAAGAUAGUUCCUCAUCUUCUACGAUCCCAGCAAGCUGCAGAAAUGUUCCCAGCCAACAUUCAGGUGGUAUAUGAUGGACUCUUCGGUGCAAACACAAAUGCAAAACUGAGAAAUUUGUCUUUGCAGUUUGUGCAUCAUAUUUGUAUCAUUUGUCCAGAGAGUAAAAUAAAGCCCUUAGGUCCAAUGCUUUUAAAUGGACUUACAAAGCUGAUCAAUGAAUACAAAGAGGAUUCAAAACUGCUAUCAAUGGCAUAUUCAGCAGUUGGAAAGCUCUCCAGCCGAAUGCCUCAGCUCUUUACCAAGGAUAUAGCACUGGUACAGCAGUUUUUUGAAGCCUUAUGCAAGGAAGAUGCUGAUACUAGGCUUGCCAUUCAAGAGGCAUUGUCUAUGAUGGUUGGAGCAUAUAGUAAUUUGGAAGGAGCCCAGCGUACCCUGAUGGAAGCUCUUGUAGCUUCUUAUUUAAUGAAGCCUGAAGUUCAAGUACGUCAAGUGGCGGUAAAAUUUGCUAGCACAGUGUUCCCUCCAGAUCAUAUCCCUUCCAGAUACUUACUCCUGUUAGCUGCAGGAGACCCGCGGGAGGAGGUACAUGGAGAAGCCCAGCGGGUACUGAGAACAUUUUCUGGAAAAAAUGAAAAGGAGAGUUCUGGGAAGCAGAUGCCUUCCUUCCCUGAAAUGGUCCAUUACAUUCAAGACAAGGCCACUCACCGAAUGAAAACUCCAGCUAAAUACAUGACUGGAACUGCAGCGUUGCCUUUUAAUCCUACCACAUUUGGAGAGAUAGUUCUCUAUCUGCGGAUGUGUCUUGCUCACAGUGCUGGUGUGGUGCCAACCUCACAGAGCUUGGCAGAUAUGCAAGAUCAUGCUCCAGCUAUUGGGCGUUACAUAAGAAGCCUCAUGUCUGGCAACCACAUAUCUUUCUCUUCCUCCUCCUCCUCUUCAAAAAGUGCAGAAACCAACCCUGUAUAUAUAUAUAUUGGCCUUCUUCAGCAGCUCUUAGCUGGUGUUGGAGGUUUGCCAGUCAUGUAUUGUCUUCUAGAAGUUGUUUCAGUGUAUCCAGAAAAACUAGCCACCAGAUUUAUAGACAAAAUGGAUUGGAUUAAGAACCUGAUGAACACUAACAAAGAGGAAAUGCGUGAGCUUGCAGCCCUAUUUUAUUCUGUAGUGCUGUCUACCAUGUCUGGAGAUGAGCUUAGGGCAUCCUUGGAGCAGCUGAUCAAGAUGACAAAAGACAACCAUAGCCCGGAGGUUCAACAUGGAUCCUUGUUGGCUUUGGGAUUUACAGUAGGAAGGUUCUUGGCCAAAGGGAAAAUCAGAACAAUGGAGCUACAUGACACAGAACAACCAAACACUUCAGUCAUGCCGGAACAAGACCAACUUAUAAAGUCAACAACAGAGACAAUAGGUUCUUUUUUGGACAGUACCUCUCCCUUCCUUGUGGUGGGUGCUUGUAUGGCUCUUGGGGAGAUUGGCAGGAAUGGCCCCUUGCCAAUCCCCAACGAUGGAACAGGAUUUACAAAACUGCAACUUGUUGAAAACUUACUGGCCCGAAUCCCUUCCAGCAAGGAAACAAAUAAGAUGAAGGAACAGGCAAUACAAACAUUAGGUUACUUCCCAGUGGGAGAUGAAGAUUUUCCCCACCAGAAGCUACUGCUGCAGGGUUUAAUGGAUUCUGUGGAGGCCAAACAGAUAGAGCUGCAGUUCACUGUUGGUGAAGCUAUUACCAGUGCUGCUGUUGGAACCAGCUCAGCAGCUGCACGGGAUAUAUGGACAGUCACAGAGGAGGAAUAUAUCCCUCCUUCAGAUUUGAAAGUGAAUGAUGUGGUGCCCUGGGUCCUAGACCUUAUUUUGAACAAGCACAUCAUCAGUCCCAACCCACAUGUUAGACAGGCAGCUUGCAUCUGGCUUCUGUCAUUGGUGAAAAAGCUGAGCACCCACAAAGCAAUUAAGUCUCAUCUCAAGGAUAUUCAAAGUGCAUUUGUUUCCAUUCUGUCAGAUAGUGAUGAGCUUAGUCAAGAUGUUGCUUCAAAAGGUCUUGGGCUGAUAUAUGAGCUAGGAAGCGAACAGGAUCAGCAAGAGCUAGUCACUACGCUUGUUGAUACCCUUAUGACUGGGAAAAGAGUCAAACAUGAGAUGACUGGAGAAACUGUGGUAUUUCAGGGAGGUCUGAGUAAAACCCCAGAUGGGCAAGGUCUUUCUACCUACAAGGAACUUUGUUCACUGGCUAGUGACCUCAAUCAGCCAGACCUGGUAUACAAAUUCAUGAAUCUGGCCAACCAUCAUGCUAUGUGGAAUUCUCGGAAGGGAGCAGCUUUUGGUUUCAAUGUGAUAGCUGCCAAGGCUGGAGAGCAGCUGGCUCCAUUUUUGCCCCAGCUUCUUCCCCGGCUCUACCGUUACCAGUUUGACCCCAACCUGGGCAUUCGACAGGCAAUGACCAGCAUUUGGAAUGCAUUAGUCACUGACAAGUCGAUGAUUGAUAAGUACAUGAAGGAAAUUCUUGAGGAUUUGAUCAGUAACCUAACCAGCAGUCUUUGGAGGAUCAGAGAAUCCAGUUGUCUAGCACUAAAUGACUUACUAAGAGGGAGACCUUUGGAUGAUGUCAUAGACAAGCUUCCAGAGAUCUGGGAAGUCCUGUUCAGAGUGCAAGAUGACAUUAAGGAGACUGUGCGAAAGGCAGCAGAACUAGCCCUAAAAACUUUAAGCAAGGUCUGUGUGAAAAUGUGUGACCCCUCUAAAGGAGCAGCAGGUCAGAAGACAGUAGCUGUGUUGCUCCCUUGCCUCCUAGACAAAGGAAUAGUAAGCACAGUUGCUGAAGUCCGAUCUCUCAGCAUUAACACUCUUGUGAAGAUCAGUAAAAGUGCUGGGUCUAUGCUGAAACCUCAUGCACCAAAACUUAUCCCAGCCCUGUUGGAAUCCUUGAGUGUGCUGGAGCCUCAAGUCCUCAAUUAUUUGAGUCUUUCUGCAACAGAUCAAGAGAAAACUGCAAUGGAUAGUGCCAGACUUAGUGCUGUCAAGUCAUCUCCCAUGAUGGAAACCAUUAACAUGAGCUUGCAGUAUUUGGAUGUGUCUGUCCUCGGUGAAUUGGUCCCUCGGCUGUGUGAACUGAUCAAAAGUGGAGUUGGCCUUGGCACAAAGGGGGGCUGUGCCAGUGUAAUUGUGUCAUUAACCACACAGUGCCCUCAAGACUUAACACCUUAUUCAGGCAAACUUAUGAGUGCUUUACUUAGUGGCCUGACUGAUCGUAACAGUGUGGUACAGAAAUCUUUUGCCUUUGCUAUGGGGCAUCUAGUCAGGACUUCCCGGGACAGUAGCACUGAGAAGCUGCUGCACAAACUCAGCAGCUGGUACAUGGAGAAGGAAGAGCCAGUUUACAGAGCAGGCUGUGCUUUAACUGUACAUGCUAUGGGACACUACAGCCCAGAUGUGCUGAAGAACCAUGCCAAGCAGGUGCUGCCAUUGGCUUUUCUUGGAAUGCAUGAAAUUCCUGAAGAAGAGAAAGGAGAGAAAGAGAAUUCUACUCUGUGGACUGAAGUUUGGCAGGAAAAUGUACCUGGUACUCAGGGUGGGAUCAGACUGUAUUUGCAGGAGUUGAUAUCCAUCACCCAGAAGGCUCUGCAGUCCCAGUCCUGGAAGAUGAAAGCUCAGGGAGCAGCUGCCAUGGCAUCAAUUGCCAAGCAGACAGGCUCCCUUAUACCGCCACAUCUGGGAAUAGUGCUCUCUGCACUGCUGCAAGGCCUGCCAGGGAGAACCUGGACUGGGAAGGAGGAGCUGUUAAAGGCCAUUGCCAGUGUUGUUUCUGUGUGCAGUGCAGAGCUGCAGAAGUCAGUGGCAGGUCAGCCCACCAUCACAGAUGUUGUCCAGGCUCUCCUGAAAGAAUGUCGUAAAGAAAACCUGAAGUAUAAGAUGGUGGCACUGCGCUGUGCAGCUGAGGUGCUGCAGGCAACAAAGGAAGACCGGUUCCAGGAACUUGCUGAUAUCAUCUUCCCCAUGAUAAAGAAGAACUCUCUGGAGAGCAUGGGAGCAGCUUUUCCAAAGCAUGGUGAAGAGGAUGAGGACAUGAGGGAGAAAGAGGUUCAGAUGGAGUCCCUGAUCUGUGCCUUCGAGACCCUGGGCAAAGCCUGGCCAAGGAGCCUAGAGACACAGCGUUGCUAUCGCCAAGAGUUUUGCAAGUUAAUGUGUGACCGUCUGAAACUCAGUACGUGGAAAGUGCAGCUUGGAGUGCUACAAGCCAUGAAUGCCUACUUUCAGGGGCUAAUGCUGUUUGAUGAGGAGCACUCUGACCCUGUGGCUUUGACAGAAAUACUGUUGGAUACCUGUUCCUCUAUCACUCAUUCUUUAGAAAACAAAAGCUACACAUCCAUAAGAACAGAAGCUUUGUCUGUGAUACAACUGCUGCUCACCAGACUACAAGAAGCUCAACAGUGGGAAAGCCUGACACAAGAAAGCAGAGAGCACCUCAUUCGUUCAUUGUCUACGAUGGCAUCAGAUAGCAGACCUGAGCUACAAGAGAGGGCAUUUGUGUUGAAGAGAACACUUGAAAAUCUUGACUAAGUUGUAAAACAUAAAUUUCAAAGUGCCAUGUAAAACAAAAACAAAAAAGUGCAGUGGUCUGAAAAUCAAGUGGGGAAAUGAAGAUUACUUUGUAGGAUGCAUCAUUCCUGGCCAAAAUAAAAAAUGCCUUAAAUUCUUUUCCCCAUUAAUAUUAUUUUUACUCUUAAGCUGAUCAUUAGUUGUUUUAUCAGCAAAUACCUCUCAUCUGCCCUAGAAUGUUUUGUAAGUGUGCAACAUAAAAAACACAAGGGCAAGAUGCUUUUUUUUUUUUUGAAUAGGCAGAAGAAUGUUACUCAGACCCCUUUGUCCUUCAGAAAAACUGUUAAAAAUCCACCAGCACAGAAAGUAAAACUAUAUUUAGUUUUCACAUUUUUUGUAUGUAGAGAUUUGUUAACUGGUGUCUGCUCCAGUAGUGCUGGUGUUUGUUAUCUGUAGAGAACAAAAUGCUUCCCUUGAUGAGGCCUUUGUUCAACUCCUCUGGUUUCCCAGGGGCAAGGUUUCAUCUGACAUCCACCUCUGCUUCUGCUUGCUCCUUCCUUGCAGCCUGUUGUCUGUGCAUUAUGAAAGGCAGAGUACUGUUAACUUCACUCCUUCCUCUUUCUCUGACCUCAGCAUGGAUUGACUGAGACUAUGCCUUCCCCAGCUGGCAACCUUGGCCUCCCAAACUUUAAAUGAGAACUUCUUCCCCAAAAGGAUGCACAAGAGAGCACUUUACUGAGCUGUCUGGGACAAAGUUGAGCCUAGUUGGUACCCAGGUGGAACACUGCUCUUCUCAAAAUUGUUUUGCAUGGACACUCCUUAGCUCCUGGAAAUUAAAAAAAAUUGGAAAACAAUCUUUUUUAGAUAUGUUUUUGAAGAGCGUUUGAAGUUUGAAAUGACACAUUUUUUUAAUAGUAGUGGUAAUGUUUUAUUCCCUUCCUGUUCGUAAACCUGUUCUUGCUUUGGAAACCUGUAACAAUUUAGACUUGUCAAUAUUUGUAAGGAAUGGAACCAUCGGUCAUUUAUCAGAGCCCAGAUCAUGCUGGUUUCUAGCAAUUUGCACUUAAGAAGAUUAUAUCUGCAUUAACAUGGGAGUAAAAUUGCUGUAUGGUGAUGUGGCCCUGCUGCCUGUCUCCUUUUUUUUUCCUCCUCCUCUGACAAAAAACACAUCUGACCACUCUUAACAACAAACUUUAAUAGUGUGAAGAUAGCACUGCUCCAUAAUCUGACCAGUAUGUGUACAACUUUUUGGGGAUAAAUGCUUUGCUGAUGGUGAAAUAAAAUCAUUAGUGUGGGCAAUAUCAUGUUCAUGGCUUUCAGAACCAAAAGGCUUGUUCCUUUUCUUGCAGUCUGCGGAUCCUUUCAGAUCCGCUCUGUUAAGGAGAGGAUUGCUCAGAUUGAUACCAUGUUUCUUCCAUGCCCAUUUAUUCAGAUUCAGGUAUGCAGUACCUACUUUCCCCUCAGGUGCCAUUCCCCAGUCAGUGUUUCCUGGUACUGUAACAAUCUUGUUGUCUAACUUGCUUUCCAUAGGGAAGAAUGUAAUUUGUGCACACCUGGUAAAAGAAUGUCAGGAAGAAAUGGGCAGAGCUGUCCCACUGUGGCUCUUGUGUAGCAGAAACCUCAGUGAGCACUAUUGCAGUGUACAUUAGAACUGGUCAGUGGGCAACUCCUUGGUGCUGGGAGCUUGUGCUAUGAUGUUUUGAUUUACACCUUGUUGCAGGGAGCUGCUCUUUGUUUACGUGUAGUUUGAACUAUUGAGCACAGUGUACAUUUUAAAAUUUUAUUGGGCAAAUCAUUUUGCAGUAUCUUUAAAAACUUGCUUACUGUGACAUGUAGUGUCAUGAGUGCCCUUUUUUUUUCUUCUUUUUUUUUUUUUUUUUUUUCUUUUUCUUUUUUUUUUUUUCUCCUAUUAGGUGAAUAUUACUGGUGAUGCUUUGCUGUAGCAGUUCAUUGUCUGACAGGUUUUUCCAUAUUGGUGAGUGACAGUAACAGAAAAGCAAGAGCCUCCAUGUCUCUGGUAAUUUGAGUUUUCACUGUGGAAUGGAGUAUUCAGAGGCAAUGCCUAGUAUAGUCAAUUGACUGUACAUAGACUAACUGUAAUCAUUGUCAAUAGCAACCUAAUUUCUCUAUUGGGGAUUUACACUAGAGGGAAGAGCGUAUUCUAGGAACUCUAUAAAACAGCUGGAUUAACAACUCUGGCCAAGAGCGUUAGGAAGGUUAGACAUGGUAUGACACUUUCUGAAUCACAAAGCAAUAUGUCUUUCUUGUGAUUACAGAGCAGAUUCAGAGCUCCUCUCUAAAGCAUGUGCCUAUACACAAAACCUACCUGUACAAAAGUUAAUUAAGUCAGAGGUUUGAUUUCUACCCCCCUCGCAUUUGUAAACUUGAUAGGAUUAAAAAAAAUAAAUAGAUGUGGCCUUCCUAGAGUUUCUCCUCUAAAGGUGAUUGCACUAUGUAAAACACACUGUAUUUUGCCCAGCACGGGCAUUUCUUGUGCUGCUGCAAUGCUUUGUAUACCUGGAGUGCAGUACGCAGACUCUACUCUAGCACUCCUGCUCUGACUUACAAGCUGUUGCUUAAAUGGAUGUAUAUUGAGAAAAGUUUUCUAAUGUUGCAAGAUCUCCAUCAAAUUUACUGUAAUCUGUACUGUCCAAAUAUGUGAAUGGUCUGACUGAAAGAAAACCCUCCUGCUUACCAAAAAGGUAAAAACUAAAUAAAAACUGCAUGACCUGUU